GCAUCUUCUCCUACAAAACCACAAGAAGAACAUUUACGCUGUUGGAUAUGUUAUGAGGAUUAUACUGGACGAAACCCAUCACGCGAUGGAUGGCGACGACCUUGUAAAUGCAGUUUAGCCGCACACGAGAGCUGUUUAUUGUCGUACAUGACACUCUCACAAAUCGCAAUGUCCCCUCAAUGCCCUUACGAAAUACAGAUUGUCUCGGCCCCACUGGAUCAACGAUCGAUUCUCGUUAGAUCCAUUGGCCUGUAUCAGAGCUUGGAGAUAGGUUUUGUUCAAACUGGAUUCUGUAUAAGUACAUGCUUUGGCAUUACACGAUUCAUUCAUUCUACUCUGUCACAAACAGGACUCUGGGUAUGUCGACAAGUCGUGGAACCAAAAACCAUCGACACCAUGCUUAGAAUUCCCGCGUUCCAUCGGUUCGUCCUCCCUCUCAUCCCCUUCAUGCUGAUUCGCAACACAAAUGUACCCAUCCACGAUCUUACACUUAGUUUGUGUGUCCAUCUCAGCGUGUACACAUGUGCAGGCCGUGUGUCAAGACCAACGCUCUUGCUAUGCUUACUUCCGUGGGUCAGAACCCUGUAUGCUGAAGUAAUGCGGAGGCUUUUUGCUCGCGAGAUAUCCUCUUACACACGGGAAUUACAAAUGGAGGAUGUCGCUUGGUUUCGACAGUUUGAGAAUCAACUUACUGAGCAUCGAGAACAGAUGGAAAAUGCAGACAAUGAAAGAAAUCAAGUUGAUACAGGUGUACUCGUGUCAUUAGUUCGUGUUUUGUUGGACGCGUUUACGGGAAAAUUCAUUUCUGUUAUUAGGCCAAUAUUCGUUCUACCACUUGCCGGUCGGAUUUUUGGUCGUUUGGUACCAGGCCGAUUCUCUCGUCUUGAAAAAAGUAUAAUUGGAGCUUGCGCUUCAGUCGUUGCAAAAGAUUUAGCUGUUUAUCUCUUUUAUGUCCUACGUCGAAAUUGGCCAUGGCGAGCUCGUGUGUUGAAUGACCCGUCUCAUUGCGACUUUAAGUGA